AUGACUUCCACAACGGAUGAGGUAGUGGAGAGUCCCGGGACGGCCUCCCCGCCCAGUCCGACGACGUCGACGGGACAGAUUCCUUUGGAGCAGCCUCCGAAAGUGAAGGGGCGCCAGAGGUUGUUGCAGAGCCUGCAACGCAUGUCUUCAAGCCCAACUUUGGUCCGACGGACGAGAUCAUACUCGGUAGGCUAUCAGAGAGAUGGCAAGGCUUCCCUUUCUUGCGUCUCCUUGACACCGGCUGCCCACGGCGCAUGCUGGAGUGACCCCAGUGCUUCCUCCUCUCAGUUCUAUGGAGGACUCAAUCCCAAUGACCCUGUCUCGCCUGCUCCAUCUCCAGGCAGUGCUCGAAUCCGUCUCAUCGGAGCUCUCCCCAAUGCUUCUCAAGCGACCGUUCCCUUACCGGCGGAUCUGCGCCCUACCUCUCGAGGCAUGCAGCGGGAAUCUGGCGAGCCAGCGUCAGAAUUGGUCAAUGAGAUGGGCAGUGAGGAAGCAGCCGCCGCCCUUCAGCCGGUCAAACGGAAGAUUGACUUCUGGCGAGACAUGCCCGAUGAGAUCAAGAUGGAGAUCUUCCGCUACCUGACUCCCAAGGAGAUCGUUCGGUGCUCCGUGGUAUCCAAGGAGUGGUACAAGAUGUGUUUUGACGGGCAGCUGUGGUCUCGCAUCGAUACGUCGGAGUUCUAUAGCCAGAUCUCAAGCGAUGCCCUCGUCAAGAUUAUCACUUCGGGUGGCCCUUUCAUUCGGGACCUCAACCUCCGAGGCUGCGUCCAGCUGAAGGACAAAUGGCUGUCAGAUGGCGAGCGGAUCACGGAUGCCUGCCGCAACGUCGUCAACUUUUCUCUGGAAGGGUGUCGCAUCGAUAAAACCGCGAUUCACUACUUCCUGCUCCGAAACCCACGCCUGGAGUAUAUCAACAUUUCCGCUCUGUCCAGUGUGAGCAACUCUGCCAUGAAGAUUAUUGCCCAGUCGUGCCCGCACCUCAAGACCCUCAAUGUGUCGUGGUGCUCCAAUGUUAAUACCAAGGGCCUGAAGCGCAUUGUCGAGUCGUGUUCGGAGUUGACGGACCUCCGUGCUGGUGAAAUCCGCGGGUUUGAUGACGAAGCCUUCAUGGAAGCGCUCUUCAAGAGGAAUACCCUCGAGAGGCUGAUCAUGCAUCGGACGGACGUCACCGACCGGAGCUUGAAAGUUCUCAUUCAUGGGACCAACCCCGAGAUCGACGUCCUGACGGAUCGACCCAUCGUCCCUCCGCGGAAAUUCAAGCACUUGGACCUCCAUCAAUGCUCCCUCUUAACCGACGGCGGCGUGAGAAGUCUCGCCCACAACGUCCCAUACCUCCAAGGCCUUCAGCUCUCCCAAUGCACGGAGCUCACGGAUAAUUCUAUCAUCGAGGUGGUCCGCACCACUCCAAGAUUGACUCAUCUUGAGCUCGAGGAUCUCGACAAGAUUACCAACAACACUCUGGUGGAGCUGGCCAAAUCCCCCUGUGCGGAGAGAUUGGAACACCUCAACGUCAGCUACUGCGAGAACCUGGGUGAUCCAGGAAUGCUGGCUGUGCUGAAGAGUUGUCCGCGUUUGAAGUCGGUCGAUAUGGACAACACGCGCAUCUCCGAUCUUUCCCUCAUGGAGGCCAGCUUUCGGGUCCGCAAGCGUGGAUAUGGGACCUCAUUGCCACGAGUCGGGCUGCGGCUGGUGGUAUUCGACUGUAUCAACGUCACAUGGGCCGGUGUCCGGGAAGUUCUUUCGAGCAACGCCUAUCUGCCUCGGUCCCUGAAGACUGGUUCCGCACGGGUCACCGUGACGGAGACUGGUGAACGCAGCGAUGCUUCACUGCCCUCGUCUGCGAGCAGUGAUGCUUCGCCGUCGUCGCCGCCCGCGCCAGUUCAAAUGUAUCCCAACGAGAUCAUCCAGCUCAAGUGCUUCUAUGGCUGGCAAAUGACGGUGGAUGAGCACACUAAGCGGGUGCUGCGUGGCGAUCUUGCGGCAGCUGCCAGACUGGAUCGUAAAUGGGCGGAUUACAUGAUGGCCACCGAGGAAGCUGGCGCGGCAGGCGCGGGAGCCAGAAGACGGAGACGUCGCGUACGCGAGGCAGAGAGACUGUUCAACGAUGAUGAGGAGGAUGGUGGCAUAGGCAUCAUAUCACCACUCGCGGGGAGAAGACGACGAGCGCGGAGUGGCGGUUGCAUAGUAAUGUAA